ACUAAACCUUGACCUUUUCUCAUCCUAACUUUAUUGUUUCUCCUUAUAGAAUUUCCAAUGGGUGCUAUGGCAGAUCCCUAUAGAGCUCAUCUCCAUCAUAUCAUCCCUAUCGACUUUAAUUCAGUCCAGAAAUUGCCUGAAUCUCAUGUAUGGCAUGAUAUAUCUCACGAAUCUUUGUUCGGGGUCCCCUCCGCCGACCCGUUACCCGUACCUGUCAUCGACCUCAUGGACUCGGAGGCUUCAAGUCUCAUGAUCCAGGCAUGUGAGACAUGGGGUAUUUUUCAGGUGAUAGGCCAUGGCCUUACAAAGCUUAUGGAGGAUGUGGAGUUUGAAGCUGAAAAAUUGUUUGGUCUCCCUGUUGACCAAAAACUGAAAGCCCUAAGAUCUCCAGGUGGGGCCACUGGGUACGGUCGUCCUCAUAUAUCGCCAUUUUUUGACAGACAUAUGUGGCAGGAAGGGUUUACCAUCAUGGGGUCUCCAAUCGAUCAUGCUAAGCAACUUUGGCCCCAAGACUAUCAAGGCUUUUGUGACACAAUAGAUGAUUACCAGAACCAAAUGAAGGCUUUAGCAGAGAAACUAAUCCGCAUUUUCUUCAAAUCCUUGAACAUUAAUUUUAAGGAACUGAAUUGGCUUAAUGACAGUGGGUUAAGUAGUCCAGGUACUGCCUUGCAACUAAACUCCUACCCGCCCUGUCCCGACCCAACCCGAGCCAUGGGCAUGGCAGCACACACAGACACAUCCCUUGUCACCAUUGUCCAACAAUCCAAAACCAGCGGCCUCCAAGUCUUCAAAGAUGGAGUCGGGUGGGUUCUGGUGCAACCAGUACCUGGUGCCCUAACAGUCAACCUCGGUGACUAUCUCCACAUUCUCUCCAAUGGGAUGUAUACAAGUGUUCUUCAUCGUGCGGUGGUGAACCAGCAGAUCCAACGGUUUUCCAUGGCCUACUUUUAUGCUCCCCCAAGAGAUUUUACUGUCUCCCCGGUUCUCUCUAGGGUUAUGGGACAAAUGCCCAAGUACCGUUCACUCACAGUAAAGGAGUAUGUUGACAUCAAGGGCAAGCAUUUUGAAAAGGCACUUUCUUUGAUUCAAAUUUAGUCAUGUGGAUCUAGGGUUUCUAGGUCAAAU